AUGGCCAAACUAGAUAAACUCCCGCUCGAUUUAAUUCGUCAUCAUAUACUUCCUUUCAUGAGAAAACCGGAAUCUUUUAUAAUCCUAGGCUCCAUCAAUAAAAGAUUAAGGCAUAAGUGAAAUAAGCUUCACUUCGAUAUAAUCCAACUCGCAGAAAAGCGAAUUCCAGAGCUAACCAAAGUAAUUUCAGACAGUGAAAGUAUAAUUCAAACCGAUAAUACUCCAAAUCUCUCAAGAAACUUAUUUCAAGCAGCUGUUGAUAUAGGAAGCAUCCACUUCAUGGAACUUGACUAUGAAGAUGAACCGACAUUGAUUUUGCUAGGUAUGAUUUUAGUUUUCACAAGGAAUCUCGGAUCUCUCCCAAGCCAAGAAGAAAUCAUAUUUCACAUUAAGCGGCCAAAACCUAUUCAUAAAUUAGAGCAUUUAAAUGUCAGAAAAAUUUCUAUGAGGGCUUUACAGUGGCGAUACUGAAAAAAAUUGUUCUAUUUUUUUACCAUUUAAUAAUUGUAAAUAAAUCUCUAGAAAAAUUCCAUAAAUUUUUUUUAAGAAAACCUCUUUACAGUUGGUGCUGUAUAUUAUGAAUGAGCAUAUAUGGCAAAUAAUUGAAGAAAAAUUUGUGGGAGAAAACCAAGCUUUGGUUAAUUGGGUAAAAUUGUUUUCAAAAUACAUGACUGAAGCUGCAAAGUUUUCUGAGCUGCAAACUGCUUAUGAGUAUGCUCUUGUAAGUAAAAGAGGGUUUCUUCGCUUACUCAAAAGUAGCGAAAAAAUUUGGAGCGAUAAAUAA